UGCUAACAUCUGUUACAUAUGUAUUAAAUACUUUCUCAAAGAAAAGAAAGUGAUAAUGUUAUAAAAAUGUCAAUGGAAAGCCAAGAAAAUUAAGUUGUUCGUACGAUCAUGAUAAAGAAAAUUUUCUGUAAAUGGAACACGCUCGUCUCAAGUUUCGUCUAUAUUAAAAAGCACCCUCUACCAUGUACGCGCACUGCGCCACGACCUUUAAUGGGCGCAGCUUCCCUGGAACCCAAUUACUCCCCCAACUUCGAACGGAGAGAAUCUCAGUUUGACCUCGCGAAACGACCAACAUUUUCGAUAUUUUUGCCAAACGUUGAAAGUAAAAACUGCAAUAAUGUAAUUCGCGCAAUGCUCAACUUAACUCGAUAAAAAGGAUUAAUUCCUGAACGUAGCAGAAGUACAUGAAACGUGAAACGUGUUUACUUCGGAGGUGUUUGUCAUUCGUGAAAGUUUUACGUCUUUGAACGAUCUCUAAAUGCUUUGUUUUUUAUCGAGAGUGAUUCGUAAAAAGGUAUACGAUGUUCCGUAAGUGGUACCUGUCACAGAGACCAAAAAAACAGUGAAUUCGAAACGGAUUUAAUUGAACAUUAAAUUCUUGGUUUCAUCCAUUGGGACUAAUCUUUAAAAGUGCACCGUGGAUCUACGAUGAUCAUGUAUACAGUCGCUGAAGAUCACAUGGGCGAUACUGAAAUCGCACAGGUGAUAGCAUUUAUAUGUGGAAUAAUAGUGAUACUGUUGAUGAUAAUGGGCUUAGCGUCCACUGAUUGGCUGAUGGCAUUAGGAUGGAGACAAGGCUUAUUUGCGCAUUGCAUAGAAGAAGGCGCUCCUACACCAGUGCCAUUUAAUUUACCAGAUACAGCUGGAUGUUACCAAGCUAGAGACGUUGCCUACAUGAAAGCAGCUGCUGCCUUGUGUGUAGUAUGUCUGUUAACAGAUAUUGCAGCAACAGUUCUCACUGGUCUUGGUUUAAGAUCUCAAGACAAUCGUGAGAAGCAUAGGUAUUAUAGAUUUGCAGUCUUCUGUAUGGGUUUUGCACUGGUGUGCCUCUUAAUAGCCUUAGUAGUAUAUCCAGUGUGUUUUGCUACAGAACUGAAUCUUGGAAAUCGAACAAUUUGGGAAUUUGGUUGGGCAUAUGGAGUUGGUUGGGGAGCAGCUAUAUUUUUGUUCGGCGGAGCUGUGUUGUUGUUAUGCGAUAAAGAAAGCGAAGAAAUUUAUUAUAAAGAACGGAAGAUCGUUCGUGACGAUAUUGGCGGUGGAGGUUCUAUGAUUGGAAUGGGACAUCACGGUGGACGAAGUGGGACGCAAUUAGCCUAGUGGCAUUGCUCCCUGCCCGACGUUGUUCUCUAGGUGAUUAACUUUUCUUUUUCUGUCCUCACCAUUUGAUACAUAUGUGAAGAAACGUACACAAGUAUAAGAGCAAAUGGUUUUUAUACAUAGUGUAUUCGUUAUGCCAGCAUAUAUUGGACAUAAUUAUCACUUUGAUAUAGAACGUUUAAAACAUCAAUCCAUUAUUGGAUGUUUGACGAAACGAGGAUCGUGAGUUGACUGAGACUUGAUAAAUUUAUUCAUGGGUUACCAAUUUUCACUUUUUCAUAGCAACAAUUUCGGGACCAUUGUUAUUUUUAGUUUAUGGUAGUAUUGUUUCUUCUGUACAUUAUAUAAUUACAAAUAUUUUUUACACGGUAUAUUUACAUUAUUUUUCGACUGUAUUGUUUAACUUUUUUUAUACUAUUAUAAUGGUAGCAUUGAUGCUGCGUUUCUUUAAAUAUCAGUAGGUAACAGUUACUUAAUUCAGUACAAUAUAGCAAGUGACAUUUUUAAACCUGUUGAUUUACUAAUGUUCGCAACUUUACAUUAAUAUAACUUUCACUGUGCCUGCAUUAGCAGUUCAUCAUGUUUGGCUAGUUUUAAAAAUAAUCUUUGCUACUUAAGAACAAAAAAUUAUAUUCAGGUACUUAAUGCAAUUUGAUACUUUAUUGUUUGAGGACAUUCUGACGAAGAUUCCAGCAAUAACAAGCUAAAAAAUAUAUAGGUGAUUAAUAUAAUUAUAGAACAAGAACACUGCCCUUCUUUAGUCAAGUAAUGAAUUAUGUUUAUUAAUUUAAUUUUUAUGUGAAAGUUGCAGCUUUGAUUUAAUUAGUAUUUAUUAUGUUUUAGUAUA